CCAUUGGCUGCUGCCGCCCCCGACCUCGGCGGGCGGGGAAGCUGAGAGAUCUCUAAUGGGUCGGUGUUGCGGAGGAGGUUGUGUCCUGUCCCGGUCGGACUGACGCGUCGGGGCUGCAUACAGCUGCUCGCUUUUUCUCAAGUAUCGGUGGGUAGAGACGUGGAGUCGCGGCGGAAGGAGAAAAAGAUGGAAGCCCUGCCUGAUACUUCUGCUUUUGCAGCUAAACUUCAAAACACGCUCAUCCAGUACCAUAGCAUUGAAGAUGAUAAGUGGCGAGUUGCAAAGAAAAUGAAAGAUGUAACAAUUUGGAGAAAACCUUCAGAAGAAUUUAAUGGACAUCUUUUCAAAGCCCAAGGUGUUAUCGACGACUUUGUCAAUGCUGUGAUAGACCACAUUCGCCCAGGUCCCUGUCGCUUGGAUUGGGACAGCCUAAUGACUUCAAUGGAUAUUUUGGAGCACUUUGAAGAGAAUUGCUGUGUGAUGCGUUACACUACUGCUGGUCAGCUCUGGAAUAUCAUUUCCCCAAGAGAGUUUGUUGAUUUCUCCUACACUGUGGGCUAUAACGAAGGGCUUUUAUCCUGUGGGGUAAGUCUUGACUGGAGUGAAAAGAAACCUGAAUUUGUUCGCGGAUAUAACCAUCCCUGUGGUUGGUUUUGUGUUCCCCUUAAAGACAAUGCAAAACAAAGUCUUUUGACAGGCUAUAUUCAGACGGAUCUGCGUGGAAUGAUUCCUCAGUCUGCUGUAGAUACAGCCAUGGCAAGCACUUUAAUCAACUUCUAUGGGGACUUACGAAAAGCCUUACAAAAGGCAUAAAUGACAUUUCAACUUGUAGUACUGUGAUCCUAAAUAACUCGUCUCUCAGCUGCAUGGUCUGUAAAAGUCACCCUUUCCUCUCUUCUGCAUAGUCUACAGAAAAAUUCGAGAUGUUUUUGGUUUAUUUUAUUUCUAAAGUAAAUAGCUAUCUAAGAGAGGGCGUUUCAGUUUUUUAAGCAGUUAUGUACACAUUGUUUGGUAUGGCAGUGUGUCUAGGAAUGGAGAGCAUGACAGAAAUCUACCAACAUGUAGAUAACAGUUCUUUGAUGCAAACUCUUAAGAAAUUGAAUAGUGCCUCAGUAUGAAUUUUUUGGCUGCUUGGAAAUUAAAGAAAGCACAAGCUUCAUGCUGUUAGGUUAAAAUCAUUUAUUUUAGAGCUUUAUGAACAUUUUGUAAAAGUUUUAAUUUUUUGGAGGUAAAAUAUUAGUCCUUUACUUUUGGUGUGCUCUGUGAAUUUGUCAAUAUCUUGGACUUAAAGCAAAAAGCUCUUUUCUAUAUUUUAUAAAGAUGAACUUCAUUGUCAAUUGACUUGCACUACUUUUAAGUAUUAAAAAGAUCAGAAAUAAGAAAAGAAUAGAUAUCAUAGUAACUAUAGGUAUAAUUCAAAUGCAUUUCAAUUUUGAUACCUAGAUAGCAUUGGUUUGUAGAUAUCUUUAAAAAUAUACUUGUAUCUUUAUGUGUGUUUACUUUGGGAGUCUUAAAACAUUUAUGCAUGAAUAAGACAGUACAAAAAAAUUGCCAAAUAUGUGCUGGGGAUUCCACAUUGGGUUGUGUGAAGUGGCUAGUGGUGUCCUGUAUUCAACAACAGAGAACCAUCUCCUAGAAGGGGAAAUUCAGUAAAUGUUCUGUACAUGUUUCAGUUUUAAAAGUAUCACUCAACUCAUAAAAUACUACUAACUGAUUCAUAAACAUUAACAAUUGUGAUGUAACUUCAGUCUGCAACUAUAACAAAUGCGUUCAUAGAUUUAUCCAAAUGCCUAGAUGAGUCAUUUUAUAAGUAGAAUGGACUAUAAUAGGUCCAUCCUUGAUUCUAUAGCUGCCUUAAAUGAACAUUCCUAAAUGAUUUUAACAUUCCAAAUAACUUUUUGCCUUUUCAACUAUCCACCUAGUUAACUUCUGAAAUGAAAGCUUGAGGCAACACAAUAUGUCCAUGCACAUUUUUGUAUGUAUUUAUGUGUAGUUAUGUUUGUGUACAUCCACACAUCUUGAAAUCUAUUUCAUUGUCCAGUGUGAGUUAUCUUUGUUAUUUCUGUUUCCAUUGUUUCAUUUCUUUUUUUGUUUUGUUUUGUUAAUAUGCAGCAACAUGAGCUCUGGAAAUACAUGCUGCAAAGGCCACAAAAAGCACAAGAGCAUAUAGUGGUUCAAGUGCAUGAAAGUUGAAUCUGUGUUUUACUUUACAAUGUUUUACUGAGUGGAAAGAAAGUAUAAGUCAUCGUUCUUCAGAUCCGUUUUGAUAAAAGAGAAAAAGUAGAGCUGGUUCUUGGUUUUAUUUUUCAUUUUUUGCUAUUAGAGAUGAUGGUGUUCAAAAAAACAAAAGGUGGCUGCACCCCAGUAUCCAUGGUGAAUAACCUGUUUUUAGAUUGAAAAUAAUUUGUUUCAAGAUCUGACAGAACAACUCAUAAAUGACUCUAUAUUCUUAACUUAAAUUUAUUAAUCACCAGUAUUCUUUUCUAAAUUGACUUAACUUUUGAGUUGUUGGAUUGCUCUGCCACUUUUUUUUUUCUUGCAAUAGGAAAAGAAAACUCCGCAGUUGAGCUUUCAGUUUCCCAUAAAUUGUUAAUCGUUAAUUUUGACUUCGUGUAUUUUUUUAUUUGAUUUUAUUAGUGUAGAGUAGGAAGUUUCUUAUAUUCCAGUAUGCUGUCUAGGAUCGGGAAAUACCAGCAGAUGUUCAAUUAUAAGGUGCCCAGAUUGCAUCAAGGGAUUUGUGACAAGAUUGUACAUAAGGGCUAUUUUCCCCUGAUCUGGGUGCCCUUAAAGGCAGAUAAACUUCCACUCCCAGCUACUGUAAUGUUCCCUUUGCCCUUUUCAACCUACACAUCCAGGUAGUGAUUACAUGAUCCACUGUUAAAUGUGGACCCUCUGCAGGUAACAGAAUACUCAUGGAAAAAUUUUCAUUGCAAUAUUGAGUCAUAUGGUGGAUGGAAAAAUUAUAUUUGAACAUUUAUAGUUGUGUAACCAUCACCACAAUCCAGUUUUAGAACAUUUCCAUCUCCCAGAAAGAUCUCUUUUGCCUUUUUGCGGACUCAUACCUAACCAAAGUUUAGCACAAUUGCCAAUAUUAAAAGGGUGACGAAAAAGAUUAGAGUAGGUUUUAUUUGGUUUUGUUUUUAAGAGUAGGAGGUAUCUUUUAAUCUAAGCUCAGGAACCUUGGUUAAUCUAUUAAAAUAUGAUCUCAAGUACCAUAUGAUAGAAAAAUUUAACGAUGUGGGUUGGGAUUAAUAUUAAUAUAUAAUUGAGUCUGCUGUUUCGAUAGCAGUGCUGUAGAAUAGAAAAAUAAUGUAAGCCAUAUAUGUCAUUUUGAAUUUUAUAGCAGCCACAUUCAAAAAUUAAAAAUAGCUGGACUCAAUUUUAAUAGCACAGUUCAUUUAACUGAAUAGAUCCAAAAUAUUAUCAUUUCAACAUGUAAUCAAUACUAAAAAAAUCAUUAAGAUGGCUACUAUUCUUCUUUUGUACAAAUUCUUGGAAAUCUGGUAUGUAUUUUACUAAUUUAGACUAACCACAUUUUAAGUGCUUAUUAUGCACAUGAGGCCAGUGGCCUGUAUUGAAUAGCACAGUUCUAUAGUAUAUGCAUUAAUUUGUCUUCCUAGAAUACGAAGUAGAGGAUUCUGCUUUCUCAAAUACAAAAUCUUUCUGGUCUCUGCAGCCUUCAGUGCUUGCUAAAUGGGGACAUCUGAACAUUAGAAAUAAAUCAGUGAGUAGUUGUCAAUAAAAUAAAAAUUGCAGCCAAAAAAUAUUUUCCUUUAAAGAUAGGGCAGUUAACUUCAUAGGGCAGUUAAUGAAAGAAUAUAAUCCACCUUGUUGUUAUGUGGUUGAGUAUUUUGUCUAGCUUAUAGCUAGUUUGUAUUAGAAACGUGUAUGCAAGAAAUACUUGGCACAGUACUGUUUUUAGUACACGAUACCUAUUUUUUUAAGGAAAUUAGUUUCAUACAAGAAAAAGUAAUUUGUCAGUGAUAUUUUGCAUGAAAUAUUAGUUUGUAUUGAUAACUCUUGAUUAACUCUUGAAGUUUGACACACUACUCAGCAAAAAACUUGGGGAAAUUUAUUAGUAUUCUGCAGUUAUAUAUAAUAUAAACUUCUAGAGUAUUAAAGACAGAUUGUAAAUGUUAAAGUUCUCUUCAUUUCACUGUUCAUUGCAAUUGGAUAUAUUUGAAGCUGUAGAUGUCUAUGUUGGAAAUUAUCUCCCAGUAAAAAAAAAGCUUUCAGGUAUGAGUAAUUCCCUUUGCUAUAGAUAAAAGCUUUACCUGUUUACUCAAGAGCACACUAGCAUCCUUAGAAUCUAUUGUUAAAAUCCAGUUUCUUGUAGUUUUGUGGAUACUGUAGCUAUCGCAAGCCCAUGGGUAAAUUAACAAAACCCAGAAAAGCAAAGGGAUUUGACCAGGCUUCCAUUAGAACCUGUUCAUAAUGUAUAAUAUGUAAUUUAUCUGAUGUGUCUCCAAUGCCUUUCUUAUUCAACUUCUAGAAGAUGGUGGGAUCUGAGCAUAGAAGAACAUUAGAUUAAUCCCAGAGCACAGGAAAUUGGGAUUAUAAUUUCUUCAUUAUUUUGUUGUUUCCAGAGAUUUUACAUGCCUAGUUAAAUAUUCAUCUCUUCAAUUCAAUGAAAGCUAUACUAUAUAUAGAUUUUAUUUUUUAAGAAGUUUAUAAUUCUUUUAUGAGCCAUUAUGUAAAACUAGAACCAUUAUUAAACUAAGAGCAUGUGUUAAUAUAAAUAAAAUCUGUACUUAUUUUUAAAUUGUUAUAAAAUAUAUCAGAAUAAAAUUUCUAGACACUCUUAUAAUUGA